ACGUGUAUUUUUUGAUAUCUUAUCUACUUUUUUUUUUAUUUUUUGUUUUUUUUUUUCCCAAUUAAUUGAACUCGACAACAAUCGAAAACUAUGAUGACUAGUAUUUUGAAAGAAUGUUUAUUCUUUUUCAUAUGCUAAUCCAAUUUAUAUAACAUUUGUAUAAUAUAAUUCUUGAUAUAUUUAUAUAUUCACGCAAUAUAUCAUAUCAUCAAUGUAUAUUUCAUCAACUCACCCGUCGCUCGCUUCAGACAAUAUCGAUACAGUCGAUCGAAUAUACAUUCUCUCUCUGUGACAAUUCUCUUAUCGUAAUGAUCAAAAUUUAUCAAAUGAAGAUAUCAUGAUCAUUUAAAUAGAUCGUAUUGAACGUUAAUUAUAAUUUAUCGACCGCGUAUUAUACGUUUUUGUAGUUAUACGAAUGGAACAAGUACCGUUCUGAUUACAACGGAACAUCGUUUAAUGAGAAACCGGUUAUGCCAUACUUCACUGUAUAAGAAGCGACCUCUCAGUUUGGAAUUUCACGGUAACUGCACGUAGUGUUCUUCGGACUGUGGCUUCGUGAACAUCAAACACUCCUGUUUGCUCUCCUUUCUCGCUUCAUUUUAUUACUGAAAAAUGGCAUGUGCCUGCUUGCUCACGAUUGCUCUCGUUCUCUAUAUCCUCUUCGAUGUAAAUUAUUUCCUCAGGAUCGUGUUUACCAUUCUUACUGGCAGAUUGUUUCAAAAAAGAAAGAAGAUUUUUGACACGACUACCAUUUACGGUAUUUGCACUACGCAAGACGUUGAUUUGUUCUUUAAACACAUGAACAACGCGAGAUACCUUCGCGAAUUGGAUUUCGCACGUUUCCAUUAUUACGAUCGAUCUGGAAUAUAUUCAGCGAUCGUGAAAAAAGGCGGAAGCGCGGUUCAAGGAGCAUCGUUGACACGAUAUCGUCGAGCUAUUCCUAUUUUCACUUUGUAUAAGGUGACCACGAAGCUAAUUUAUUGGGACGAUAAGAAUUUCUACUUGGAGCACGAAUUUAUUAGUUUGACGGACGGUUUCGUUCGCGCGGUCAUUUUUAGCAAACAAACGGCAACAGGUUUGAAAGUUCCAGUCCCGGAAAUAAUAGCUGAAAUCGAGCCAAACGCGCAACGUCCCGAAAUGACCAAAGAUUUAGAACUAUGGUUGAAUUCCAUGGAAGAAUCUUCUCAGAGAUACAAGAAACAAAGAUGAACGAAAGUGAUCCUCGUUUUUCUACUUCUUGUUUAUUGUUAUUUUAUUAUUUAUAAUAUUGUUGCUUUGUACGUACGUCGAACAAAAAUUUGGAAUCACUAGAUUUGGAAUAAUUUUUUUCUUCUUUUUGAAAAAAGAAUCAGAUUCGGAGAAUUUUAAUAACCCAAGAAAUAAAAUUUGUUUAGAAAAAGGAACGCAUUUUACAAGCGUAAAAGCGGAAUAAAUGAAUUCAAAAAAACUUUUCGAUGUAUCGGUUAUGUAUAUUUUCUUAUUGGUGAUGAAAAAAUAUUAAAUAAGUUUCUUCUAUAAGUAAUUAACGGUAACGUAAAUAAUGCGAUUAUCAAUUGACGUCAAGUGAUAUUAUUAAAUCGCGUAUUUCUUAAAAA